CCCCAGCAGCAAGAGAAAAGAGAACUCGAUAGAGAAAGAUAAAGAGAGAAACAAGAGAGAUGAAGAAGCAGUGGCAUACGUUGUUGAGAGGAGGGGAAGGAAAGAGAGAACACAAACAUCGUUUGUUUUCGGCAGAAAUGAAGACACUGGCCAGCAUAUGUGAGACUGUGUUGCCUCCAAUUUCUAUUCAGGAAAAUGAAACCCCACCAAGCAAGCCUGUGCAGGACUUCUUUGCAGCUUCUGGAUUUCAGGCCCCUUUGCCUGACGAGAUUGCAGAGCUGAUAAGUCAGAGGGGUUUAAUAGAAAUACUGAUAGCAAUGAGACUGGUAUUGUUGAUGCUUUCAACAAAAAUUGGGACAGUUUUGCUUUGUGGAACGCUUUGUUUAAGGAAGAAUUGGCCUUACAUCAACACUUUCUCAGGCAUGUCCUUGACUGACAGAGAAAAAGUAUUGCAGAAAUGGUUCAGACACUGGUUUUUCACACCCAUCAGACUUACCUUCAUCCUCCUCAAGGUGGCCUGCCUUUAUGUCUUCUUCAGUCGGGCGAACGAAGAUGGCGAGAAUCCAGCAUGGGAAGCCAUUGACUAUAGGAUAGAAGAAGAUAUGAGUCCAAAUGAAGGUCCAAAGGAGAGGCCUCUCGAGGAAGGAAUAAUAGAAACUAUGCGUGAAAAUGAUUCAACUCUUCUCCACAACCUUGCCCAAAAAGGCCUCAGAGUUACGAAAUAUCCAAGAAACAACCUGUGCAAAAUCAAUUGUGAUGUUGCCAUUGUUGGCUCUGGCUGUGGCGGGGGUGUUGCUGCCGCUAUGCUUGCAACUUCCGGCCAGAAGGUGGUUGUUCUUGAGAAAGGAAACUAUUUCACUGCUAAGGAUUAUUCUGGUCUGGAAGGCCCUUCCCACAAACAGCUAUAUGAAUCAGGGGGGAUCCUUCCAACUGCUGAUGGGAAAGUGAUGAUUUUGGCAGGAUCAGUAGUUGGAGGAGGCUCUGCCAUUAACUGGUCUGCAUGUCUCAACACACCAAAGCCUGUGCUUAAGGACUGGGCUGAGAAUCAUAAACUUAAGCUUUUUGGAAGCUCUGAGUAUCUUGCUGCCAUGGAUGCUGUCUGUGAGAGAAUUGGAGUUACGGUGAACUGUAAAGAGGAGGGAUUUCAAAAUCAAGUACUUAGAAAAGGGUGUCAGAAACUUGGACUUGAAGUCAAUCCAGUACCUCGAAAUUCCUCGGAGACGCAUUACUGUGGAAGCUGUGGUUACGGUUGUAAACAAGGAGACAAGAAGGGGAUCGAUUCUACAUGGCUGGUUGAUGCUGUUAAACAUGGUGCAGUAAUCAUAACAGGUUGCAAGGCGGAGAGAUUCAUUUUGGAAAAAAACAAGAGUGGAAGUAAAAAGAAAAAGAAAUGCUUGGGAGUGAUGGCAAAAUCAUUGAGCAAUGACAUUCAGAUGAAGUUGCAAAUUGAGGCAAAAGUAACAAUCUCAGCAUGCGGAGCUCUUCUUACGCCUCCUUUAUUGAUCACUAGUGGACUGAAGAAUCCAAACAUCGGUCGAAACCUUCAUCUUCACCCCGUUUUAAUGACCUGGGGUUACUUUCCCGAAUCAAAUGCAGAGUUCAAGGGGAAAUCAUAUGAGGGAGGAAUAAUUACAUCAGUUCAUAAUGUGCUCUCAGAAGACUCUACUGUCAGGGCCAUCAUAGAAAAUCCUCAACUAGGGCCAGCAUCUUUUGCUUCAUUGGCUCCUUGGGAGUCUGGACUUGACAUAAAGACCAGAAUGGUUAGAUACUCAAGAACUGCUCACAUGAUUACAAUAAUCAGGGAUCGGGGGUCUGGUCAAGUUAAGGCGGAAGGAAGGAUAAGUUAUAAUUUAGAUGCAUUAGACAAAGAAAACCUCAAGGCUGGGCUACGACAAUCACUGAGGAUUUUAGUAGCUGCAGGGGCUGUCGAAGUCGGUACACACCGAAGUGAUGGCCAGAGAAUCAAAUGUGAAGGGAUUGGUGAAGAAGAGCUGGAAGAAUUUUUAGACACAGUUUAUGCAGCUGGAGGGCCAUUAACACCAGUACAGGACUGGAUGGUCUAUACUUCAGCCCAUCAAAUGGGGAGCUGCAGGUUGGGGAUUAGUGAAACAGAAGGUGCAGUUGAUGAGAACGGGGAGACUUGGGAAGCAGAAGGCUUAUAUGUUUGUGAUGCAAGUGUUCUUCCGAGUGCCAUCGGAGUGAACCCCAUGAUCACUGUCGAGUCCACAGCUUUCUGUCUCUCAAAGAGAUUAGCCGAGUCUGUUAAGGAGAGAACAGUCUAGCAUUUAGUGAAUCCUCAAACUUUGCACUUAUAUGGUAAUGUUUUCUCCGUUCUAGGCUUUGUGUUUAUAUAGGAUGUCCAAUUCUGAUGUUACCUUUCAGAUGCCUGUGUGUGUGUGUUUGUUUUUUGUUUUUUUUCCCUUCCUUGUCAUGUAAGUUGAAUAAAAAAAUACUCAGUUUGUGAA